UGGAACAAUGUAGGACGUAUAUAGACAAUUGAUUUUUGGUGAUCAUAUCUAGCAAUUUCGAAGCUCAAGUCAAGACCGGUUCUUGGUUCUCUAAAAUAAGCAAUUUCAUAUAUAUCACUGAAUCCGGUAGCUAGCUUGAGGUGGCGCAUUGCUUAUGAUAAAAGGAGGAAUAUUAUUAAUAAAGUUUUGAGAUGUUAUUGAAGGUUCCAGAACAGGUGCAGAAUGGGGUCUGAGGAAAAUCCACGUGACAGCUCCCUGUGGCUACAGCCUUUAAUAAGCAUCAUGGACUCGGACCCACCAUUUCACAAGGCCUACAAGACCCUUUUCGACAAAACCGCGGACAAGGCCACCGCCAAUAUAAUCAACAGCAACAGCAACAACAACAACAAGGACCAUGAGGAGAUGCUGCAGCUUGUCAUCGUCGAGGAAUGCGACCUGCCGCUGAUCGAUCUGCGGAGGUUGGAGCUCGGAGAAAGGGAAAGGGAAGAGUGCAAGUCAGAGAUAGCUAGGGCUUCUCAAGAGUGGGGUUUCUUUCAGGUUGUGAACCAUGGGGUUUCUGGUCGGCUGCUUCAGAAGAUGAAGAUUGAGCAAGAGAAGGUGUUCAAGCAGUCGUUUGAUAAGAAGAGUCAGGAGGACAAGCACUUGAAUUUCUCUGCCGGUAGUUACCGUUGGGGAACGCCUUCAGCCACAUGCCUAAGACAAUUGGCUUGGUCUGAAGCGUUUCACAUUCCACUCAAAGACAUUUCCACCUCCUCAGCAGCUGGUCUCGAUUAUAAUCUCAGCUCGACAAUGGAACAGUUUGCUACAACAGUUUCAAGUCUGGCACUGAACUUGGCUGAAAUUUUAGCUGAGAAAUUGGGUCACAAGUCGACAUUUUUCCAAGCAAAUUGUUUGCCCAGCACGUGCUAUCUCCGAUUGAAUCGAUAUCCACCAUGUCCCAUCCCUUCUGAGGUGUGUGGGUUGAUGCCACACACUGAUAGCGACUUCCUUACAAUUUUGCAUCAAGACCAGGUUGGAGGACUGCAGUUGGUCAAGGAUGGGAGAUGGAUCGCGGUUAAACCUAAUCCUGCGGCCCUAAUCAUCAACAUCGGAGAUUUAUUUCAGGCAUGGAGCAACAAUGUGUACAAGAGUGUUCAACAUCGAGUUGUCACGAAUUUGGCAGUGGAACGAUUCUCGACAGCAUAUUUCCUAUGCCCUUCGUAUGAGACUGUGAUACAAAGCUGCCGUGAGCCUUCGGUGUAUAGAAAAUUCAGCUUCGGGGAGUAUAGGCGGCAAGUCCAAGAGGAUGUUAAAAUGCUGGGUUCCAAAAUAGGUCUUCCUAGGUUUGUUGUAUAAUUAAUAAUUAGGUAAGCCAUUAGUACCGCACAGAUGAGUUUUGCUAGUACAUCAUUAGGGUUAUCUAAAUAUAUUUGGGGUGGGGGCAAUGGAAAUUAAGCUUAAUCUUAUAUUAGGCAUGGAAAUUAAGCUCGUUUAUUAGUCAAUUUUGAUUGGCUAU